CUCAAAAAUGCGCCGCAGCUUGCGCGUCAAAGCGGCGCAGGUGGCGACAAAGGUGACACCGCCGUCGCCUGAGAAGGAUGGCGCUCUGUCAAGUAUCCUUGACUCGUCGCCGAAGAAGGGUGUUGCUUCUUUCGUCUCACCAGUCCGACGUUCAUUCGUGAAGUCGACGGCACGUGACUCGACUCCGCAAAGGACAUCGACACUCACGCCGCAGAAACGUCUUUCCCUUGGAGUGCAAGAUGAUUCGGACGAAGAAGAUGUGUUGAAGCUGUUGAAGGACUCUCCACCAAAGUGCGUCCACCGCAUCGAUGUCGUUGAUUCGUCACCAAGCGCAUAUUCGUAGGAAGCGCGUCGCCAAGAAACCCCGCAAGACGUCCGUUCCAUUCGACAGCUUGGACGCACUCUUUGCGGAGAAUAAGAAGGACCAGGAAAAGAAGAAGGAGCAAGGGGAGCGACUGGCUCGGCUCCGCAAGGAAGCCGACAUACGCGCCGAGCUGCAGCAGACGAGCAGCUCCCUCCAGCAAAUGUCGACAGAGGUCGAGUCCAACAUCAAGGAAUUGCAAGCGGACGAACACUUGUUUACGAUCCAAGACAACGUCGAAGUCGAAGAGUUUGGCUACGUGUUUGAGCCCAUUACGGAGCCGCUGACCUACCAUGCGUACAUUGCGUCCGCUGCCGACUUGCGCAGCCCGUUCAAGCUCGUGUACGAGUGCAUGGCCUCAACCGACGAAGACGAACUCGGGGCGUUGCUGUGGAGCCAAGCGAUCCUUGUCUUGGCCAUCAACCUCAACCACGACGUGCCCGACGCGAUCUGCCAGUGGCUGUUCUCCGUAGUGAGCACCCACUCAAACCAUCACAUUGUUCAAGGAGCGUUCAUGAACCUCUUCACGUUGGCUGUGGCCGACCACCACCCCAAUUUUACGCAAAUCACGUACGGUCUGCCCAAGGCCAUGCUGUGUCGGAGUCGCCUCUUGCCCGUGAAAACCAAGUGGCAGGUCACUGUGAGCCACUUUUUCGGUAGCUUCCGCAUGUUCGGCUUCCAAGAAUCCAAGCGCGCGCUCAACACCAAGAAAAAGGCGGCCGGACACGCGAGCUCGUCCACGUGGUCGGUGCCGUUUCCCACGGUCAAUAUGGAGCAUGUGACGAUGUUAUUUGUGCUGGCCCUGCGCACCGACAAGCUGCGACCGAGUGAGCACGACCUGUGUGCGUGUUGCGUGUUCUUUCUGCGCAUGCAGUUCGAAGACAUUUUGAGGCCCCAGCUGUGCGAGUUGAGCUCGUAUUGCAUGGAAGUGCUGCUGGACGCGUUUUCGCCGAGGGAGUGGCGGCGGCAGUACGCCCGCCUGCUCAUCCUCCGCAUCGCCGGCACCAAGGAAGGCUUCUUCCAGUCGUCGGCGGGAUGGCUGUCCAUCGCCCGUCGGCUGCCGCGCACUGAACGAGGGACCCAGCUCACGACAGGACUGGCGAUUUACAUUUUGCAGUAUCGCAGCCACGACGAACAACCGACCGAGGACUUUGUGCAAACCAAAGUGUCGGACGAGCCGAUACAGUUCCCCGUGCAAAUCGAUUGGGUGCUGGACGUUGUGUCGACUUGUGUGGACUCGCUCACAGAGAAAUACGCGGCGACGGACGCGAGGGAAGUCGUGCCGCCAUACGAACUGCUUUGCACGAAAAUUGCACUCAUGGACUUGGCGUUGCAAGCUUUCCUGAACCACUUGAAGCCAUCGGAUAUGAGUUUAAUCCUGCAAAAGCUCGACCGCCUAGCUCUUGCCAACAAGGCCACGGUUGUUGUCCAGUGGCACGAGAUGAAGACGCUGGUGACGUUGAUGCACCGUAAGUACUCUGCCGAGAACCUCCGCAUUGGUCGCGACCACUCGCCCAAGGCGAAGCAAGUGUUAUUUAUCGACGAUUAAUGCACUACGAUACACGAAUCGAUAGAUUUUUCCGUAUAAGUUUCGACGAUUAGAACAUCGCGCACAGCAG